CAAAAAGAAAAAAAACAACCUACCCCCCCAACCCUUCCUCGACCAUCCCCAGAACGCAGCCCCUCCAUUUUCCUCACCCAGCACAAAUCCUCAAUGACUUGAUGGCCUAACAAAGAGGCUGACAAAAACCCUGUGACGACGGCUAGCUCCUUCUCCUUCUCUGGACUUCCGUUGAGCAGCUGUUGCGCAACUUUAAGGGGUAGGGACCUUCAAGCCCAUUUUCAUGGCUGCCAUUGACCCCAUGGUGGCUCCGCCAGUGGCAAUGGCAUAAAACCCUUGAGUAAAAUCCACAAAAUCAAGAGACCCAAAACAACUAAUGACAUGCAUUUUCCUAUGGAUCUUAGAAGGCUUUCAAUCUCGAAACCCACUCUUCUCUUCCGCAUCAACCGCCCCUUAACGUGCGUUACCUGCAACCUCCAACGCCCCAAAGAACCUCCUCAACCGCCACCAUUACAGGUUCCGAAGGAACCACAGCCUCCCAAUCAGAGUUUGCACAACUGGGUAUCUUCUAUUCUUUCAAAACCAUCUCUGGAUUCUUCUAAAUGUAAAGCUCUGAUACCCCUUUUGUCAUCUCAUGAAUUUGAUAGGGUAUUCUGUUCCAUUAGCUCCAAUGUGAACCCCAAAACAGCUCUUCAUUUCUUUUACUUUGCUUCUGAAUCUUUUAAGUUUCAGUUUACUGUACGAUCCUUUUGUGUUUUAGUUCGUCUGCUUAUUCUUUCGAAUCUUGUGUCGCCUGCGAGAUUGCUUUUGAUCCGUUUGAUUGAUGGGAAUGUGCCAGUUUUAUAUGCUAACCACAAUCAAAGGCAUAUGGAGAUUGCCAUUGCCAUGUUAGACUUGAAUACCGUGUCCACACAAGGUCUUGGGGUUCAGGCAUUGGAUUUGUUGAUUCAUGUUUACUGUACGCAAUUCAAGAAUAUGGGUUUUGGUUAUGCCAUUGAUGCGUUUGUAAUUUUUUCUAAAAAGGGUGUUUUUCCAUCAUUGAAGACUUGUAACUUUUUGUUGAAUUCUUUAGUGAAGGCUAACGAACUUCAUAAGAGUUAUGAUGUAUUUGAAGUUAUGUGCCGAGGUGUUUCUCCUGAUGUUUACUUGUUUACUACUGCAAUUAAUGCAUUUUGUAAGGGAGGAAAGGUUGAUGAUGCAAUAGGUUUGUUUUCGAAAAUGGAGGGGCUGGGUAUUGUCCCAAAUGUGGUUACGUACAAUAAUAUUAUUCAUGGGCUCUGUAAGAGCAGAAGAUUAGUAGAGGCCUUCCAGUUUAAGAAGAAGAUGAUAGAAAACAAUGUGAGCCCGAGUCUUAUAACAUAUAGUGUGCUCAUUAAUGGUUUGAUAAAGCUGGAGAAGUUUCAUGAUGCAAAUUGUGUUUUGAAGGAAAUGUGCAACAGAGGAUUUGUCCCGAACGAGGUUGUCUAUAACACAUUGAUUGAUGGAUAUUGUAAAACGGGAAAUAUUAGUGAGGCACUAAAGAUAAGGGAUAAUAUGUUAUCCAAUGGGUUAACUCCCAAUUCUGUUACUCUUAAUUCUCUACUGCAGGGGUUUUGUAGAAGUGAUCAAUUUGAUCAUGCUGAGCAAGUUUUAGACAAGAUUAUAUCUGGUGGUUUAUCCAUAAACCAAGCUCUUUGUUUCUCGGUUAUUCACUGGUUCUGCAUGAAGUCUAGGUUUGAUUCUGCACUAAAAUUCACUACUGAAAUGAUAUUAAGAAAUUUUAGGCCCAGUGAUAGCUUGCUUACCACAUUAGUUGGUGGGCUCUGUAAAGAUGGAAAGCAUUCUGAGGCACUUGGGCUUUGGUUUAGGCUAUGGGAGAAAGGAGUUGCAGCCAACACAGCGACCUCAAAUGCUCUAAUUCAUGGACUUUGUGAAUCUCGUAGCAUGCAAGAGGUUGUUAUGCUACUCAAACCGAUGCUAGAAAGAGGUUUGGUAUUGGAUAGAAUCUCAUACAACACACUUAUCUUGGGUUGUUGCAAGGAGGGAAAAGUGGAGGAAGGUUUUAAGCUUAAGGAAGAGAUGGCUAAACAAGGAAUUGAACCAGAUACUUAUACUUAUAAUUUGCUAAUGCAUGGCCUAUGUAAUAUGGGAAAAGUGGACGAUGCGGUUAAACUUUGGGAUGAGUGUGAAAAUCGUGGUCUUGUUCCCAAUGUCUAUACAUAUGGGGUGAUGAUAGAUGGGUACUGUCAAGCUGGAAGAAUGAAGGAGGGUGAAAAUCUCUUCAGUAAGUUGGUGAAUAAGGAAGUGGAACUAAAUUCAGUUGUUUAUAAUAUACUAAUCAGAGCAUACUGCACAGAUGGGAAUAUGACUGCUGCCCUUGGUCUUCGUUGUGACAUGAAAAAGAAGGGCAUUCAACCAUCUUGUGGCACAUAUUCUUCUCUUAUACAUGGACUAUGCAAUAUUGGCGAUGUUGAGGAUGCAAAAUGCCUUCUGGAUGAAAUGAGGAAGGAUGGUUUGUUGCCAAAUGUUGUUUGUUACACUGCACUGAUUCAUGGUUAUUGUAAGCUAGGCCAAAUGGAUAAAGUAAGGAGUGCCUUUCUGGAGAUGUCUUCAGAUAACAUACAACCUAAUAAGAUUACCUACACUGUCAUGAUUGAUGGGUAUUCUAAACUAGGCAAUAUGGAAGAAGCAACUAAACUUCUAUGCGAGAUGGCAAAAAUGGGAAUUGCCCCAGACGCCGUUACCUAUAAUGCCUUAACAAAUGGAUUUUGCAAAGAAAGGAUGGUGGAAGAAGCUUUUGAAGUAUGUGAUCAUAAAGGUGUAGGUUUAGAUGAGAUUACAUAUACCACAUUGGUUCAUGGGUUGCAUCAGCCCACUAAAUGUGCAAAUCAGGAAUGAUAUGGAAACAUUCAAAAGGUGCAUAUUCUUAUUCUUAAUACUGCUGACUGUAGACCAUGGGAUACAUGUUACAUCUCCUUACCAUCUCCAAAAUGAUCCUUGAACAUGGGAGGUUGGUAGAUCUGUACAUAACUCAUUUUUUGCAUCUUAUUUGUUUGAAGAUUGUUUCAUUACUUGUAAUUCAAUUGCUUUUAGGAGUUUAUAGUUAUUGCUGGGUUAGGAUGAAAAUAAUUAGUUCAUAAUUGUUGCUUUUCUUUUUUGGUCUGAGCAUAAUUGUUUCUUUUACCAUGUCAUUUUUUCAUCUUGUUCUUUUAGCAACAUCUUGUUUUGGUGAACUCAUUUAUGAUUUUCACUGUACCAUGUACAUAUGGAGUGUCAUCCGUUAGCAGUUUAAUAAGUUAUGUCAAGUUGUAUUCACUUGAAUAUAAUGACAAAUUUCCAUUAUAUGUUGUAAGAUUGAAAUUCUCUAUGUAUGUUGCUCCUACUAGCUCCUAUCAGCUCCUAUGUCAAGUCUGUCUGAUGAAUAAACUUUUAAGUCCAUUUCCUCUCAUUAAUAGUUCUAUUAUUGUAACUUGACAUAGAGUUGUUGGGCCUUUGCAUAGGUGGUAACUGUGUUGAGCUGCGGGCACCUAUGAUAUCAUUACCAUCUGUUUACAAAUCAGGGUUGUCUGAUUCUUAAGUAUCUUUAUUUGAAAAUAAAAUUGCAUUAAGGUUUUUUCUUUUGGUUAAUGAAUCUAAGGCUUGUUUGACUUGACUCUGGAAGGUUUUCACGUUGUCGUCCUUUAUGAUAGCUAUGUACAGAUAUUCGUCUCCCUUAUUGCCCGCUUAAGUAAACCAAUUGGUACUAAAGCUAAAAGCAGUUAUGGUGUGGCGUCAAAGAAAGCAAAAUUUAAAUUUCUACGGAUAUUUCAGACUUUUCUUCUUGAAGCCCUUAUUGUGAUUACAAACUGGAACUGCUAUUUUAGAACAUGCUGAGAAAAGAGCCUUAAUAUAAUUGUAAUGGUUUUGUAGACUGGAAUCCCUUACCUGUCUUUUUGUAUCUCUCUGUCACGUGAUUUCACCAAACUUUUUUGCUCUUUCUAGCCCAUGGUUGUGGACUGAUCAACAUCACGAGGGGAUCAUAAAUGGAGAUUCAAAAUGUAUAAAAAUAGCGGAACUACUAUUUUUAGUUCAUACCGGUUUCUAAUAAUGGAAUCUUUGGCAUCUUUACUUUGCCAACUUCAGCUCUAUCUUUUUCAACGUUUCUGUACUUCUUUGAUACAAAAUCUGAGUAGCCUUGACUUUAAUACACGCUGACAUAUUGAAGAGUGCAAUGAGACAAUGAAAUAUUUAGCUGGUGAUGAAAUGUGUUCCUUGAAAGGGAAAAAGGAAAACAUAUCUCUGUUAAUCACAACAAACCCUAAGGUUUUCAAAGGAACUAUGAAGUCAAAGGCUAACCAUUCUAAGAAACAAAAGUAGAGCCUCUGAUUUGUAGUCUUGGCCUUUAUGGCUUUUGAUGACUAGUUGUGAGUCAUGACUAAUGACCCUUGGCAUCCCUCAGAAAAAUUACACUUGUGAGCUCACUUCUAUCAUUAUCUUCCCUGCCCCCAUCCCCCUAAAUAGAAUACGGAAACGUAAAACCUUAAAUUAAGAAACUGCUAAAGUAUCAUUGAAUAGUGUGGCUAUAGUACUUGUAUAUAGAUAUCCUUUAUUUUCUAUCUAAAAUGUUCUACUGCAUUAGUAUUCAUCGUAAGGUUGUCCUAACUCUUUACAUUAGAGGAUCUAUAUUAAUAACUUCUUACAAACUUUUAUGCUUGUCACCAGUUGCAACCUGUAAGUAUUUGAGUUUGGAACUGGCUUUGUUUGAAGAAAAAAUUGAAAAUUAGACACCAGCCAUCUCAGAUUUAAAUCGUGUUCACUCUAUUGAUGAGGCACAUAGCUCGCUGAUAUGGCCUUAAGGAAAUGUUUGAAACAUCAAGAUAUGGCAGAAUCCCAGGUAUUGCACUCAAGAUUUAUUGCAACAACUGUUUUUGUUUUUUCUUGCUCGAAGAUUUACUGCAAUAUAUGUUUUUUUGCAUUCCCCCUUGAUAUAAUGUGGUUCAUGAAGGCUAGAUAACUUGUUCUGAAGGUAUGCUAAAAGUGUACAUGUGAAAGAAUAAACAAAAAUUUACCAUGCAAAAAAUUAUGUUUUGAAUACAGGGGAAGGAACAUUUUAUUUGAUAACCCUGGGCAUGCAAACCCUGUCAUUAGAUUUUUAAAAAAAUAAUGAGCUUGUUUUUUUCCCUAUUGUGCACAAUUAUUCCUAUGAGUCGCACUUGGGAUACCUUUGACUCAGAAAUCUUUCAGUUGGUGAUUUGAAGCAGUAUAGGUUAUCAAAGGUUAGAAGUGUAGUUUUGGAAUUGUUAGAAUUGAGAUUUCAACCUCUUUUUAUAUUUAAGUUCUCUCUCUCCUUUUUCUUUUAUUCUUUUAUUCAGUGUAGGGAUUGGAUACCAUCAAAUCAGAGAUUAGAUAUCCUGGAUAAUGGUAAGUUUGACCUUUUAGACGCGGCAUCACUCUUGAGAGACAAAACAAUCUCAGUUUUACUUAUGUCCCAUUUUGAUGGACAAAUUUAAAACGAUAGGUUUGUAACAGUGUUUACAUCACCAUGAAACAUUAAAUGCAAUACAAUCUAUGUUUUUUUUCUUUCAUUAAGUACAAUUUAUGUUAAACUAAAUUCAGAUGGAAUCUUUUGAAUUUGAAUGUUGAAAUGACUAGACAGAGAGAAUCAUUUGAAAUUUAUGUCUUCUAUUUCUCUUUACACAAAUCCAAACUUUUACGUAAAAACUUAGCCACCAUGUCAUAAUGGAAACAAAAUACAGUUCAAUAUUGACAUUUUCCAUAGGUGCAUAAAUAUGUGUAACAUGCAUAUAGGAGUACGUGUAUUUUCUUUUUAAAAUCUUUACGCCUUCUGGGCGGAUGAUUGAUGGUCAUUAAUUCCUGCUCAUCCCUGGCUAAUUGGGCAUUAGAUCGACACUGGACAGAGAAUGUGGAGUCCUCGCUGCCAAUCUGUGCCCAAAGAGUGUUUUUGGGGAGGAUACUUUGGUGAAUGUGAGUUUUGAGAAACAAGCAGAUGGUAAGCUCAGUGGAUACAUCAGAAUUAGAAGCAAGACUCGAGGCAUUGCCCUUCAGUCUUGGGGACAAGAUCACCUUGAAACAGAAGGGCGGCCUCUGAUUGGAGAACAAGCCUAAUUUUGCAGCUGUUAUUCUUUGCUUGAACCUUUGUUAGUACGAGUCUGCUUGCAGCAUGAGGCCUAUCUGUAUUCAUCUCACUUGCACUUAAUUUUCCUGUUUUUACCGAGGAUCGCCUCUGUUAAAGAAUUCUUUUGCCUUUUGGUUUUUCCCAGUAAGUGGAUAGUUAGGACUAUUGCUGCUAUCCACAAUAUAUUCAAAGUAAAUUUGUAGUGAUGCCCACUGUAUACAUUUCUGUUGUUAAUUGUAACAUUUCAUGUUUGCAAUUU